CUACUCUUUCUGAAGUUCUAAUGAACAAUGAGCAAUAAGAACGAUCGUAAUUAUGUCAACUCAACAGCUGUGCUCACAUCCCAAAGACUGAACUCCAUUGGUGCCACCAGCACCACUCAAGAGCCGCAUCGAAAGAAGCAAGCACCACACAAGUAUCCAUAUUACUAUCAUGGCCAUUUGGGCCGUUCCCAUUGGCGCUUUUGUGUGCCCAUCAGUCCGUAUGGCUGGUAUCGUGUCCUAGUUUUCAGUCAGUACAGCGGCUACACUGUCAGCCAGGUGCUGGAGAAGCUGCGUCUGGCUGUGGCACCCCGCAAGCUGCGUUUCUACUAUCUGCACGUGGGCGGCGAACAGGAUGUGGAGCGAGAUAGGCGCGCCACAUUCACCUUCUAUGUGAAUAGCUAUGAGCUGGCCGCCGAGCUGCAGUUUCGAGGACAUUGUCCACCAGUUGUGGGGCUGCGCGUCAAUGAUAGACCGCCCAUGAUUCGGGUGGAUGAGGCAUAUAAAUGGAAGCUGCGCACGGUCAUCAUGUCGCGCUACGAUGAACGGAGACGUUGCCUCAAUCUGAGACGCUUCUAUGCGGACGAUUACUGGAAGCAGGGCGAGUUUUGUGCAUUGCAGCAAUUCGAGUGCCUCGCGGCGAUCAUCGAUAUCAUGGAGCAGGAGUUGCCCGAGCUGCGUCGCCUUCUGCUCGACAACAAUCACCUGUGCCACCUGGGGGGCUUUCGCGGCGUCGAGCAGCGUCUGCCACGUCUCAACUGCAUCUCGUUGCAGCAGAACGAAUUGAAAACGUUGCGACCGUUGCGUGUCUUCCAGCGCCUGCGGCUCACCGAGCUGACUGUGCACAGGAAUCCUCUGCCGCGCAACUAUGAGAGACAGCUGGUGCUCAUGUUCCCCCAACUGCACACCCUCAACGGACGCUCCGUGCGAUGUGGCUCGCCGGUUGUGGUCAGUGUCAGCGAUAGCGACGACGACAGCGAUGUGGAACUCGUUUCGAUCACCGAAUACAAGCCGCCCAUCAUGCCCGAGCCAAGGGUCACCUACCUCGCCCCCCAUUCCCUGCCCAUGCAGCUGGGCACUCGAAAAUUUGUGAGACGCUAUCUCAAAGCCUUCGAUAGUGUGAGGAGGACAGACCAUCUGCAGCGAUUCUAUCACGAGAACAUCCUAGCCUCAAUCACUCUCGCCAAGGAUAAUGCUGUGCUGGGCGCCUGGACCGCUCCGUAUGCAGCCUAUGGCCGGCAACUGUUAGCUUGCCGCAGUGCAGUGCUGGCAAUGUUUGCCGCAUGGCCAACAACUUUGCAUUUGCCGUCAACGAUGACGCUGGAUCUGACGCUGGUGCAGCCGCUGAAGCUGUGCGUCUCGAUAACUGGUAGCUUCGAGGAGAAUGGAUCGUCUACAGAGGUGCGAUACUAUAUGCGUACCUUUGUGCUGACGCGUAGCAUGGAAACUGCUCACUUUCGCAUUGCCAACGAGCUGAUCUAUUUGGCUCGAGCUGGACAGAGGCAGGCACCUGCACUCAAUCCGGAGCAGUGUAAUUUGAUGACCAUGCUGUCGGCGGAAACGAGCCUCAAGUCGCGUUGGUGCCGUAAAUUCCUCAAGGAUACCAAUUGGGACUAUCAGCAGGCACUGCUCGCGUUCCAGACACUCCUCCGGCGCCGCCAGAUACACGAGAACGCAUUCGAGAGUGAAACCCAGCCCGAGGAUGGCCCAUAACACCAAUGCCGUACAGUAUUCCCAAUGUGCCCGCAGGGAAAUUGAAAAUUCCACUGAUUAUGCUGAUUACAUUUUAUUUGAAUUUGAGCUGUGAAAUGAAAAUAAAAUGUGAGGGUAUCAAUUGUCCCAUUGACCAUGUGAAUGAGGCCAACUACC